GCACUUCAUGAAGAAAAUGGCAUAAUUAUCAUUCUUUUCUUUUUUUUUCUUAUUUAUCUCAAGGAAAUUACCAAGAAAGUAAUCCAGCCAGAUGAGGAGUAUCUUCCUGCAUUACCCGUACAAGACUUGACUGCACUCACUACUACGGCUACCACUACAACCCCUACUAUUACCACCACACCCACUCAUGACAUAGGAACGACCACCAGUUUAAUGCCAACAACUCCCACAACCACCAUAUCCACCUCUACCAAUACAACAAAUGUUGAUGGAACAGAGCCCAAUGAAACUGAUGAAAGAGGUAGAAGUAGAGGCAGCCACCGUAAACGAGAUUCUUUCUUUGGUACACUAAAGAAAAGAUUUAGUCGUUCUAAAGUGCGAUCCAAAAGUGUUGAUCCAAGUGCUAGAGACACGUCUAUGGAUCGUGAUGCAUCUGUAGGACGUUCUUUAUCUGCAGAGAGAUCUGCCAAUCUCAGUAGAGCAUCAGAUGAACAGCAAGUGAACCCACCCUCACUCCGGGACACAAUUGCGCCAAGUAUGUACCCGAAUGCCCGAAGCCAGUCGAAGACACGUGGAUCACGAAGCCACCUUGAUCAACAAGACACGUGGAUCUACAAGCCGCGUGGAUCUACAAGCCGCGUGGAUCCACAAGCCGCAUGGAUCUACAAGCCACGUGGAUCCACAAGCCGCGUGGAUCUACAAGCCACGUGGAGAACAAGAAGAGACAUAGAUCACGAAGCCACGUGGAUCAACAAGCCGCAUGGAUUUACAAGCCACGUGGAUCAGUAA